AUGAUAUCCAUAUUCAAAUACGAAACCACAAUUUCCGACGUCAAGAAAUCAUUUUUAGGUCUUGUACAAGUUUCAAAUUGGAAACCUUUACCAUUCGAUCAAAUUACGGACAAUCUUGACGAUACAGUUGAAUCGUUACUCAAAGAUAUCAGUCAUAAUAUAACUUUAAAAAUUUUAACAAAGCAAUCAUCGACUGAUUCGUCCAGUUCGCAAUGUAUAUCCGAGCUUCGUCAACGUCUUCUAAAAAUUGCCAUAUCAAAACAACCACAAAUACUUUCAACAGUUGAUAACGAAGAAAUUAAGCAGUUGAUACAACAAGUGAUUGCUGGAGAUGAUCCUUCAGCACUGAGUUUUGAGCAAAUCCGAGCUAUCAAUGAAUGGGUCGAACAGAUUGAUGAUGGUAGUUGGGAUAGGAAAAGGUAA